AUGUGUAGAGAAUUACUAAAAGUCAGUAUCUUUCCUGUUUUCAUUCUUUCAGCUCCAUCUCAAGUGAGUGAGGUGAUAAAGGAGCGAGUUCAGCAGCACAGCGUCCAGCUCUCCUGGCAGGAACCAGAGCAGCCCAAUGGCGUCAUAACCGAGUACGAGAUCAAGUACUACGAGAAAGACCAGAAGGAUCGCAUUUACUCCACCGUGAAGUCAAAGUCUACUUCAGCCACAGUCAAUAAUCUGAAGCCAAGCACAGCGUACAUCUUUCAGAUCCGAGCAUUCACCGCCGCGGGAUACGGCACUUUCGGUCCCAGAGUAGAGGUCACCACCAAGGAAGAAUCCACUGGAUCUGCUACAGUCAUAUCGAGUGAGCAGAAUCCAGUCAUUAUCAUUGCUGUGGUGGCGGUAGCCGGUACCAUAAUCCUGGUCUUUAUGGUGUUUGGUUUCAUCAUAGGGAGAAGACACUGCGGCUACAGUAAGGCCGAUCAGGAAGGGGACGAGGAGCUCUACUUUCAAUUUAAAUUUCCAGGCACCAAAACCUACAUUGACCCUGAAACCUACGAGGACCCGAACAGGGCUGUCCAUCAGUUCGCAAAGGAGCUGGAUGCCUCUUGCAUUAAGAUUGAGAGGGUUAUCGGCGCAGGAGAGUUUGGAGAGGUGUGCAGUGGACGACUGAAACUGCCGGGAAAGAGGGACGUGUCGGUUGCCAUAAAAACACUGAAAGUAGGCUACACUGAAAAACAAAGGCGGGACUUCCUGUGUGAGGCCAGCAUAAUGGGCCAGUUUGAUCACCCCAAUGUGGUCCAUCUGGAGGGUGUCGUCACCAGAGGAAAACCAGUCAUGAUAGUAAUUGAAUACAUGGAAAAUGGCUCAUUAGAUGCAUUCCUCAGGAAGCAUGAUGGGCAGUUCACUGUGAUUCAGCUGGUGGGAAUGCUGCGCGGCAUCGCAGCCGGCAUGAGAUACCUCUCAGACAUGGGCUACGUCCAUCGCGAUCUGGCGGCGCGAAACAUCCUUGUCAACAGCAAUCUCGUAUGUAAAGUGUCCGACUUCGGCCUGUCUAGAGUGAUUGACGAUGAUCCCGAAGCUGUCUACACAACAACGGGUGGAAAGAUCCCAGUUCGGUGGACAGCAAUGGAAGCCAUCCAGUAUCGUAAAUUCACAUCAGCUAGUGAUGUAUGGAGCUACGGGAUUGUCAUGUGGGAGGUCAUGUCCUACGGAGAACGACCUUACUGGGACAUGUCCAAUCAGGAUGUCAUAAAGGCUAUAGAGGAGGGAUAUCGUCUUCCCGCCCCCAUGGACUGCCCUCCUGGCCUCCAUCAGCUCAUGUUGGACUGCUGGCAGAAAGACCGAGCAGACCGGCCCAAAUUUGACCAGAUCGUCGGCAUCCUGGACAAAAUGAUCCGUAAUCCUAACACCUUAAAAACGCCAAUGGGAACGUGUACACGACCCAUAAGCCCUCUGCUUGACCAGAACACUCCAGAUUUCACUUCUUUCCGAAUGGUCAGUGAGUGGUUGGAAGCCAUCAAGAUGGAGCGAUACAUAGACAACUUCACAGCGGCUGGCUACAGCUCGCUCGAAGCUGUCGCUAGAAUGACUAUCGAGGAUGUAAUGAGUUUGGGGAUCUCCUUGGUGGGCCAUCAGAAGAAGAUCAUGAGCAGUAUACAGACUAUGAGAGCCCAGAUGCUGCAUCUUCACGGGACGGGCGUUCAAGUGUGAUAGACGUCCGCAGCGCUCACCCGAUCAGACGAACCAGAACUCUCCAGGACAGCACCGCAAAGUGUGUGACAGCAAAACAAUCUGACAAAACGAAACAACAACAACGAAAAAAAAUGUUCCGCGCCCUUGCGGUGGGAUUAACCUUCCAGAACUGGCAGAACAGAGUCAUUCCUUUGUUAUUGGCGAAUGAUUUUGGCAAAGGUGCUGGAAACCAAGAGAUGGAGAGAAAACGCAAACAGGAAAGAGAGGGAAUCCUAAAUGGACAGUGACCUCUGGAUGCUCUAAAGAACUCAUCGCGUCUUUGAGAUGGAGCAUUAGAGAGGAUUUUUAUGCUUUGUACGGACUGUCUUUAUCGUCACAAAAGGUUGAUUUGCUCAUAGUUGCUAUAGAUUUCACUGAUUUCUCUUUUCUUAAUCGAAGUUAAAUAUAAAAAUAAGCAAAUCCAAUUCAUAAGGAGUGAAUUUGCAGCGAUUUCUUUUGCUUUGGUUUGUAAUAUCCAUAUUAAGACAAUGUGGGUCGUUACUCUUCUACUCAAUCGAUUUGUGUUAGCUUGUUUUCUCGGAUUGUGUUACGGAACUGACAACAGGGUAAAACGCCUCAUCUAGAGGGAAAGAGACAGAACCAGAGGCUGAAAGUCGAUGGAGAAGGUUUGUCUUCUCCAGCCAGUACUAUUUACACGAAGCUCUCUCCAGACUGAAGCUUUGGCAGAGUCAGGCCGAGCCAGUCUUCUAUAUCAAGCAGAAAUAUCCCACCGCUUGGUUACGUGAAGCUCCUUAGAGUGGCUGGUUGUGCUUAAGAACAGCCAGAGCAGACGGUUAGGUAAAUUUUAUGAUUCUACAUGACAAUUCAGAUGUGAAUUAGUACAAACAGAAUUGCAAAUUUUUUUUUUUAAUGUGAUAACAACUAUUACGGUGGCAAUAUUCUUUAUAAGUUUAUAUUUACCACAUGAAUGGAUUUAUCAGUGCUGUUGUUGAACGUGUCCUUUUUAAUAUUGCUAUUAUUUACCAUGAAUACAUUGUUUCCAUAAAGAUACACAAAAAUGAAAAAAAAAAAAGUUAGGGUAUUUUAAUUUCAUUGUUACAGCAACAGUAUCAUUUUUGUUUUAGAAUAAGUUGGUUUCCUAGCAGGUGACUGACUUUAGAAUCAUAUAAUGUUGUGGCGUAAAGGAGUAAUACUGCCUUAAAACAAGUCAACUAUUGCUCUUAUUUUUAGGUACUUAGAUACUUUGUGAGAUCAUGGCUGAGUUGAGAAGAGACUGACCAAUAUGAGCAAUAAUUUGAGGUGCUGUAUAGACGUUUACUCACAUACUGCUUGGAAAUCAGCAGCAGAGCUGUGAAAUUUGAUCAAAGAGAGUUGGUGAAUUUAUUUACGAGGAUCUCUUUCGGUGUGUUUCUUCCACCCUUUUGUUGUGCUGAGCUCAAAGAUGAGGUUUACGCUCAAGUUUUAGUGCCAUAACAGCCUUCCACGCUCAACUGAUUGUUUUGUUGACAAUGAAAUGUUACGCAUUUUCGUGUUAAAUACUUUGAGGAGUACUGUAGUCCUUUUAUUAGCUGGGCUGCCACAAAACUCAAUUUUAUUCAGCUUUGAGCUGAAGUAGUUUUGUUUUAUUUACUAUGAAACCUUAAUGUGACACAUUUUAAACACACACAACAUGUUUUCCAUUAUUUUGGGAGCCGAUGCCAUUUUAAACCACAACAGCCGUGCCAACAUGUGGCAUUUUUCUUGAUUAGAAAGAAAGCGAAGGCGGAGCCGUUGGAGCGCAGCAUGACUGGUGGAUUUAGCCAAAUGGUUGGCGCUUCAAAAAAGCCAUCAUGUACCACGCCGUCUCCAUUGUGAACCCAGCUGGUUUGUCUCAUGCGGAUCAUAUCGUAGCCUGGUUAGAGCCUCAUCUCCGAUCCGCUAUCCUUCCAUCUCGCUAACCUCAGCAUUGAGCCCACGCCAGGCCUUUGAAUUGAAUGCAAGCGGAAAGGCUCUCGGUCAGCACAAACCUCCCGAGCUUCGGCAGUAGCUGCAGUCACUCAGUUCAGCCUUCCCGCAAGCUCUGAUCUCACACUCCGGCCUCCCAGGGGCCCCUCGCAGGCCCUUACCCUCUCCGCUCGGAUCCGGGCCCUUGUAGAGACAGCAAUUUGAGCCAAUUUGAGAUUAACGCCUGGAUUCAAUCAAUCCCACAUUGAGGCCACCGUACGGGUCAAUGACAAAUCUUUUCUGCUUUGUGCCAUUUCUAACUUUUCUGGUUUGAUGGUAGCAGAGUUUUGGGUCAAGACGGUUUGCGCUGUGGAUUGAUUGAGUUCACGGUGCAGCAGGGUAUUAAAGACUUCUCAAAAGACACUAGAGAGCCCACCUAGACAAAAAGUGAAGUGGAAUAUUCCAAAGAGUUCAGCACUGUUGAUUGUGUCAGAGUAAUCACAAACCAGAGGACAAUUUGUAUAUGUUCUAGCUGUAAAACUUGUAUAUUUUAUUUAUAAUUGUGGUUUCUUUUCUUUGUUUUUCACUUAAGUACUCUGUAGUGAGCUCAUUGAAAAUGCACUAUAUUUUUCUAUCUCACAUUGCAGCUGAUUCUCGUCACCCUCACUCUUUCAGUUGUACAUAAUUUCUCAUUUAGGACCAAAGAGAGCUAAUAGGUUUCCAUUUUAGAAGAGUAUUUUUUUCUUUUUCUUUUCUCUUUUAGGUUGGAAAAAUGUACAGUACAAAUGAAUUGUCAAUUUAUUAUUUAUUUUUUUUCAGUGACAAGAGUAUGGAGAGUAUUCAUUGGUCAAAAAAAAAAAAAAAGUAUUUUCCCCAGUUGAGAAACUGUAUGGUCAUUUACCUAGACGAUUUCUUGUUACAUAGACCAUUUUUUUUUCUUUUGCUUUGUAACCUUUGUAAUAGACUGUACAUAUAUUUUUGGAAAUAUAAUGCAAUCUCUAUA